ACGAGGCCGAACGGAUACCUCGCCACCCUCAAUUCGUACUACAUCCACGACACGCCAUCGGCACAAUCAAACCUCGUCAUCACCUCCAGCCAUCCAAUAUGCCACGACAGACCGUUCUGAUCACAGGAUGCUCUGCAGGUGGUAUUGGCUCAGCAUUAGCCAUCGCCUUCGCAGAGAGAGGCUGCAAAGUGUUUGCUACGGCAAGAAAUCUCGACAAGAUGUCCCAUCUGCACGGCAAUCCUUCCAUCUCUACCUUGCAACUCGACCCUACAUCCUCAGAAAGCGUCGAUGCAUGCGUCAAGCAAGUUGAAACAGAGCUGGCAAGCGACAAGAAUACCAUUGCCGGCUACCUCGACUACCUGAUCAACAAUGCCGGAAUGUCUGCAAACGCCCCCAUCCUCGACGCCGACAUCGAUGAGAUGAAGGCCAUGUACGAAAUUAACAUCUGGGGCUGCGUGCGGGUGACUCAGAAGUUCUCACAUCUAGUCAUCAACGCCAAGGGCACCAUCGUGAUGAACUCGAGCAUUGGUUCAACCGCCAGGUUUCCAUUCCUCGCAUUCUACGCAUCGACGAAAGUGGCCCUGAACCAGAUCACCGACACUCUGCGAAUGGAGCUCGCACCGUUCGGUGUGCAAGUAGUCACACUAAUGACCGGCGCCAUCAAGUCCGGAAUCUCGAAAAAGGAGAAUGUCGCCACGUGGAAACUCCCGGAAAACUCACGCUACAAGUCGAUUGAAAGUGAAAUCGCAAGAACGUACCAAGGCACCGAUCUCGAAUGUAUGGAGACAGACGAGUACGCGAAGUACGUGGCCCAGAAUGUGCUCGCUGGUGCCAAUGGCAGCAUCUGGAAGGGAAAGUUCGCGACUGUUUCUUGGAUUCUCUACCAAUUCUUUCCGAGAUGGCUGGUGGAUAUCAUCACGGUUGCGAAUUCUGGGAUUGGGAAAUUGGGGAAAUGA